GAUCAGUUUACCGUGCUAAAAACUUAUCUAAGAAGAUAUCCAACAACAAGACUAGGUAAACUGGCCCUGGCAGAGUCCAUCCAUGAAGUUCUAGAGGUGUGCCACGAGUUUACACCUGGAAAUCCUCCAACAUAUUUCUUCGACAGAAAUCCGCAGAACUUUGGAGCUAUUCUAAACAUGUACAGAACUGGGGAUUUCCAUAUCUGUCAGAACGGUUGUAUGAUUGUUCUCCAGCAGGAUCUUGAGUUCUGGUGUAUUGAUGAACUUGUGAUGGCCCCUUGUUGUGCCCUCAAAUACUAUCAACAGCUAGAGAUUGGACAGAAUGAAAAAGAUGAUGACAAUAACACUAGGAAAAAAGAAAUUGAAUUAGCGGAGGAGGAGGAUUUUGGAAACAGUUUGGUUGGACGGUUUCGCACUAUCACCUGGAAUACGAUAGAGUAUCCAUGGACUAAUAAGUUUGCAAGAGGUUUAGCUAUUUUCUCCCUGACUAUGGUUCUUCUUUCAACAUUUACAUUUGUUCUCUCAACCAUUGAUGAAUUACAGGUAAACUUUUUACAUUUUUCAAUUUUCAACAACGUUUUUAGAUUUUCAAGAAUUCCCUUUCGCAAAUUCGGAUUUUAG